AUGGCCGAAGACACCCCACUGUUUCCAAAUGCGAAAUCAAUGCUGAUACACAGUGGAAAUAUAAUUAACUGGACCCGUUUGAAGAGAAAACCAAAUCAGACUUCGACAGAAGAGGUCUGUGAAUGUAUUGGGAAAACACUGGCAGCAUAUCUGGAAUCGGUAGAUAAGAGUGAGUUGCAAAAUAUCACAGACAUAUAUAAAGUCAACUCUGAGAAUGUGCAGAAACUAGAUGAGAACGAGAGAGAAGAAGUUAAAAUCACAGUGAAAGUGUUUAUUUGUGCACCACAACCUGCUAGUGUGAUCAGUGACAUGGUUGACAAAGUGCUGUGUGAACUUGGCACCAGUUUUGUGGAUACACUGAUGCUGGCUGUGGCCCCUUCUAGCGUGGAUGUUGAUGAUGAUAAUGAUGAUGAUUCUGCGUUACUGAAUGCAAUCAAGUCGUACUGGGAGGUAAUGGAGCAGCUUGUGUUAGCUGACAGAGUACUUUUCCUUGGUAUCUGUGAUUUGACAAAGGAUGCACUGGAGGAACUGUACAACUGGGCAAAAGUAAAACCAUGUAUUGACCAAGUAAAUCUGGAGUCUUGUUGCGUCAUGCCCCAGGAUCUGACGGGAUAUGCAAAAUCUGUCAAUGUUCAACUUCUCACACACAAUGACAAACCAGAGUUCAUCACAGCGGAAAAACUGCAGGAGACUGUGCAGGCUGUUGCAACAAAAGCUGAUAGCCAGAACUGGAAGCCACAGUGGGCUGUCAGAUAUUCUGGGAUAGUGAAAUGUCGGGGCAUUAUCCAGAUGAGAGGUUACAUUUUUCAUGCUCUCAGGAACAAUUAG